AUGAGCCUCGCAUUUCCAGGCUGGCUGCCGAGCGAAAUCCUUGUCAUGACAGGUCGGCGUCUCCGAUAUGGUUGUCACAAACACGGCAAAGAAGAUGGACAUCCACUGCGGAACAGGGAUGUUAGACGGGGAAGCAGAUAUGGCAAAGUUCAACUGCUCUAUUCAGAUGUAUCAGUGCAAAUUACAAAGGUCAAGAGAAGCAAAGAAAGCAAAGAGCCCCAUUUCACUUCCAAUACAGAUAACACACCACAUUCUGCGGCUGAAGAUCCACCUACGCUUCCCCUCUCCCCAGUUUUUCUUUCAUAUACGAAACAGAGUGCUAUGUACUCCGUACAGCCCCUGUUGAUUGCUGCCUUCCGCUUGACCGUUGUCAGCAGGCUCUUGUCCAUCAGCAAGACAACCCUCAGUAUCGCGACAGCCAGUACAUCCAUUUCUGCAUUACCAUUCCAUAGCCGAGUGACCAUCAGCUUCGGAACGAGAAAGGCUUUCCCGGCCCGGAGCAGACGUGGAGGAUAUGGAAUAGGCCUGAGUGGUGAUAAUGAGGGUGAAAUCCCCCCGUCAAUUGACAAAGGAUAA